AUGGAUACGCCGGAACCCGAAACCCAACUGUUUGUGAGACACCCCGAUGAGCGUGGUGGCCUCUUGUCGUCCACCCCCCUGGAGGAGGAAGGUGAACACAGCUCAGGGGAGUCACUGGAGGACAAGGUGAAUGGAAAAGACGUCGCUCAGACGGAGGGGCUGCAGAAGGGCCUGUCCAGGAACUCGGAGGAGCAGAAGGAGCGGAUCAGGGCCCGGAGCCUCUGCAUCGCAGCCUGGCUGGAGGCCAAGCGCCCUUUGCCAUGGACCCUAGGGGCGGGGCCGGGGCGCGAGGGUUUGCGGGGGGCGGAGCCCAAACGCAGGGGGCGGGGCCGAGGCCGAGCAGGUUCGCAGGGGGCGGGGCUGGAGCCGAAGGGUUUGCGGGGGGCGGGGCCUGAGCGUCAGUUAGCAGGGGGCGGAGCCCGAGCGCACGCCCCGCCGGAGCUCGCGCUCCGCCCCCGACGCCGCGCGCCGCGUUGCUUAGCGACGCUGGGCGAGGGGGGGCCCGAGGGGCCGGGGGAGCUGCGGCGCCCGUCGCUGAGCUCGGAGGAGCGGAUCGCGGCCCGGCGCCUCCGCAUCGCGGCCCGGCUGGAGGCCAAGCGCCGGGAGGCCCUCGGAGAAGAUCCAGAUGCGAAGAAGGCUGAGGAAGAAGAGCUGAGCCGGAGCCACCAGCAGAUAGAAGAAAGCAGACAGAGGCUAGCUAAGCUGCUCAAUGACGGCACGCAGCUAGUGACCAAUAUCCAGGUGGCUGCAGACGCAAGGGAGACCCAGAGGAGGGCUGAGGAGGACGAACUUAAGCGACAGAGGCUCGAGAAACUGGAGAAUGAAUCCAAGACUAAUCAGGACAAGUUUGAAGAGAUCACCUCGAAAUGGGGCGUGGCCAAAGAGAAAACCAUCCCGCAGGACCUGUGGGACGUGCUCAACCUGCAGCAGCAGCAGUGUGCUCUGCUCAUCGAAGAGAAGAACAAGCUCAUCAGCGAACUGCAGCAGGAGCUGAAAAGCAAAGAUGACUGGUAUGUGAAGGAUCUCAAGAAGCAGUCAGACGACAUUAACCUGCUGGUGGAGAGAAUGGAGGAGCAGAUCAGAAACCUAAUGAAAACUUACCGUCGGGACCUCACGCAGAUUGAGGAAGCUUUCGAGCUGGAACGGCGAGAGCUGCUGAGCAGCAACAAGAAGAAAUGGGAGCAAGCCAUGCAGGCCCACAACGCGCAGGAGCUGGCGAACCUGAUCACCCGCAUGCAGAAAGUGGAGGAGUACGAGAAGCAGCUGAACCAGCUGCGGGUGCAGGAUGCCGAGGAGUACACUACCAUCAAAAUCCAGCUGGAGAACGACGUACAGAUCCUGGAGCAGCAGCUGCAGCAAAUGAAAGCCAUUUACCAGCUGAACCAGGAGAAGCUGGAAUACAACUUCCAGGUGCUAAAGAAACGGGAUGAGGAAAACACCAUCAUAAAAUCCCAGCAGAAAAGGAAACUCAACCGGCUGCAUGACGUGCUCAAUGCCUUGAGAAUGAAACUGGCCAAACAGAUAAAGCAAUUCCAGGAGGAGAACCAGACCCUGACGGCCGACUACAAGCGCAUCGUGGAGCAGUACAAGGAUCUGCAGAGAACGAUGAGACACUUUGCCGUCAUCGAUGCCCAGAAGUUCCUGGAGCUCUGGCUGAUGAACGAGGAGGAAGCCAAAGGGCUGGCGUGGAAAGCUCUCGAGGCCGAUCGCGUCAUUCACACCCAGCAGCUGGGGCUCCCCUGGGUGGAGCAUGACUCCUGGUUCCUGGACAACGUGGGCCCCAUCGUGCACCGCAAGGCAAUCAGAUCUGCCAGCAAGCUGGCCCAGGAGGUGAUGGCAUUAACAGAAAGCAGCCAGCAGGAAGAGGAGGAGGAGGCUGUGGAGGGAGGAAGAAAAGAGGCAGAGGCGGAGGCUGGAGAGGAAGUUAAACCUCCCCGGCACAUCUCGGUGAAGUCUGUGAAAUACAUCCUGGAGCUCCUGUGUGACGAGUCGGGCUUCCUGAUAGAGACCAAACUGCUGGGACUCCUGCAGCCUCUGGAGAGGCACGAGCGCUCCCUGAUGAGGCUGGAUGCAAUCUUUGCGGUUGGUUGGGCGUCUCGCACAAAGCACAUGGGUAGGGGCGCUGCAGGAACACACCCCAGAACCAGCAGGGUGUGCUGGGGAAGGAAUUCAGCAGACAACGAGGGAUCGGCCGCCCUGAAGGAGGAAGGCACGGCCCAUCAGAGCUCGGCGGCAUCACCGUCCUCUUUGCUCUUCCAUCCCGAUGACGUCCUCAAGGCCCUCAAAGCAUUUGUCCGGGACUUCCAGAAGCCGAGGGACAAGCGGCCGCAGGUGAAGAAGGUGAUGGAGGAACGGGACAACUCCAAGGACUCUGAGUAUUGGGAGGCCCUGGCUCACGUCAUCCCAGAGCCAAAGCUGAAGAUUUGGGAUGCGCUGGAGGCAGCGUUGGAGAAAUACUACUCCGUGCUGAGCCAGCGGGCGAAGAUGCUCACGGAUCUUGACGGGCUCCAGCAGCAGAACACGGAGCUGCACAUGCUGCUGCAUCAGUACGUCACCUCCAAGGUGAACGAGGAGCUGCUGAUUCCACCCACCCACGUGAUCGAGUUGACGCCGCCGUGACCGGCAGGGGGCCGGGAGCCCCGGCAGGCAGCGGGAGGCCGUUGCCGUACGUCCCUACCCACCAGCCCUCGGUGCUGGAUCCGGGGCAUUCCCUGGAGGGCAGUGACUGGAAUAAACCCCCCUUUAAAACA